AUGAUCACUACUUCCAUUGAUACUACUGAAUCAUUACCAUUAGUUUUACUCUUGUCACAAUGUUUAAUUUUAUUGGAAACUUUGAGUGAAAUUAAUGAAAAUCUCGGCCAUGCCCUAUCAACAUUACAAUCAUUAUUUAAAGAUUCUGUUCUUCGUCAAAUCUUAGCCAAACUACAUCAAUAUAUUGAUUAUUUUUCCAGAAUUUUUGUUUGGAUUGAACGUAAAGAAAUAUUGGAGUUAAUUCUUAAUUUCGAACUUGAACGAAUAAUUUCAAAUAAACGUCAAUCAUCUAAAAUCACAACGAGACCCUAUUUAUUAAUGAUCGAAGAUUUAUACAUUUAUCUUAUUGAACAUCUUCGAUUAUAUGUUGAUGUUAAAACGGAAAUUGAAAAUUCAAUAAAAGAAGAAUUUCUUGUUAUUAUUAUCAAAUGGAUUACUAAUUGUUGA